AAGUACUAGUUUGUCUUUCCAGACGGGGUCCCGGGAACAAUAAAACGGAACGCUUGUUAACGGAGAAGGUUCGUUCCCGUUUCCCCCUUUUGAUGUUUCAACCCUAAUUUCUCGAACCUGUAAAAAAUCUGAGCUUUUAUCUUCUCAAUUCUCUCUGGUAGAGUUAUUGUUUGAAAUGGCAUCGGUCUCUAGUCAGCAACAGUUUCGGUACACCCAGCCCCCAUCCAAGGUGCUUCAUUUGAGAAACUUGCCAUGGGAAUGCACUGAGGAGGAGCUGAUUGAACUUGGGAAUCCAUUUGGCAAAGUUGUGAACACAAAGUGCAAUGUCGGGUCGAAUCGGAAUCAAGCUUUUAUUGAAUUUGCGGAUUUGAAUCAAGCCAUUGCAAUGAUUUCAUACUAUGCCUCAUCAUCGGAGCCUGCACAAGUGCGAGGGAAAACUGUAUAUCUGCAAUAUUCAAAUCGGCAAGAAAUAGUGCAUAACAAAACUGCUGCAGAUGUUGCUGGAAAUGUAUUGUUGGUAACGGUUGAGGGUGAAGACGCACGCCUUGUCAGCAUUGAUGUCUUGCACUUGGUCUUUUCAGCUUUUGGAUUUGUGCAUAAGAUUACUACUUUUGAGAAGACUGCAGGAUUCCAGGCACUGGUUCAGUUCUCAGAUGCUGAGACUGCCACUUCUGCAAAGGAUGCUUUGGAUGGAAGAAGCAUACCUAGAUAUCUGCUCUCUGAACAUGUGGGACCAUGCACCCUCAAGAUCACAUACUCUGGACAUUCAGAUUUAACUGUGAAGUUUCAAAGCCACAGGAGCAGAGACUAUACUAAUCCUUACCUUCCUGUUGCUCAAUCAGCCAUUGAGGGAGGUGGACAGGUCAUGAUUGGUUUGGAUGGGAAAAGACUGGAGGCUGAGAGUAACGUUCUUCUUGCAUCUAUUGAGAACAUGCAAUAUGCUGUAACGUUGGAUGUUUUACAUAUGGUUUUCUCUGCUUUUGGUCCUAUCCAAAAGAUUGCAAUGUUUGAUAAGAAUGGUGGUUUACAGGCUCUGAUUCAAUAUCCAGAUACUCAGACAGCUGUUGUGGCCAAAGAAGCAUUGGAAGGACACUGCAUAUAUGAUGGAGGUUUUUGCAAGCUUCACCUUUCGUACUCACGUCAUACAGAUCUUAGUAUAAAGGUCAAUAAUGAUAGGAGUAGAGACUAUACCAUUCCUAUGAUACCAGUUGUGAACACUCAGCCCUCAAUUUUAGGGCAACCUGUUCCCAUGACGGUUCCUCCUGCUCAGCAGUAUAAUGGUUCUCAAUAUACUCCAAUUUCUGACCCGGCUAUGAUACCCCAAUCUCAGGCAGGAUGGGGAACAACUCUACCAACAGUUGCUCAAUCUAUGCCAUUGCAGAUGCACAAUAACAUUUACAUGCCAGCUGGAAACAUGCCACCUGGAAAUGGGCCAAUGCAAAUGCAACCUGGAAAUGGGCCAAUGCAAAUGCCACCUGGAAACAUGCCACCUGGGAGCAUUCCACUACAAAGGCCACUACAAAUGCCACCUGGAAAUGUGCCAAUGCAAAUGCCACCUGGGAGCAUGCCACUACAAAGGCCAAUGCAAAUGCCACCUGGAAACAUGCCACCAGGAAUGCAUUUCCCAAAUCAUGACAUGCUACAACCGACAUCCACAUUGCCCGCAUAUGGAUCUGAUCGUACUCAAUAGCGUGCUUCUGUGUCUCAAUAGAUCUACAUUUACCAAGAGUCAGCUAGCCUCUGCAGAAGUGAUUCGAAUUAGAGUUCCCAUCUGGUGAAACUGGCUGUCAUUUGAUUAUGUUUUGAACCUCAAAUAGGAUACUUCUCAUUUUUUCGUUUUUUAUAUGCGUAUUUUGAAUGGGAACCGGCAUGCAAUUGGCCAUCAACUUUUAGUUGGCUUACUUCCAAACAAAAUGUUCUGUUCGGGUCUUUUUUGGGUUAGGUCUGGAUACAAUUAGUUUGUCUGGGAAAUGGUAUUGAAAAAUAAUUCUGAUAAGUAGUAUCUUAUGAUAUUGCUUGCUCUUUAGCUUUGGAUAGUGAGUUCGUGACUGCAGUUGUUUUUUACUAUUAUUUUUUCAUUAAAAACAAAUAACAUGAAAAA